UUCAAGUGAUGCUACUUUAUUAAUUUACUUUGCCCUGCUUAAUAUAAAUACACUUUGUUUUAGAUUUUUUAAACUAAUCAUUCAAAUAGAAAUAAACAAAUUGAUUAAAAUGGCUGCCGUAACAGAUCAAGAAUGGUCAGAGUACAAAGAUAAAUUUAAUAAAAAAUACGCUGACGAUGAAGAUAAAAUGCGCCGUGAUAUUUUUGUUAAGACCAAGGGAAAAAUAGAGGAACAUAACAAAAAAUAUGAUAAUGGAGAUGUUUCUUAUAAAAUGGCUAUUAAUCAUUUAUCUGAUUGUACGGCAGAUGAGAUGGCCAAACGUUGUGGCAAACGAAUUGUCCCAACAACUUCACAGUUUGCCGAGUAGUUCCUGUGUACCUGUACAUUUUAUUCAUAUUUUCGUAUUGUUAAUUUUUGUAUAAAUAAAUUAAAAUCAAUUUCCGACAUUA